AUGAGUGCAAUUGUAUGUUGGCUUGUGGGUGUAUACGCGACAGGUUUUCGCAAAUCUUGUUGGCAAGUUUGUCGCAAAAACAAAGUUAUGGCUGUUUGUAGGUUAUAUCGUGGUAGCAGCAGGUUUCUUGUGUGUUUUGGGAGCUGUACGACCUUGUUGUGGAAGAGGUGGGGUCACGCUGAUGUCGUACAUCUUAGAUAA